GAUUGUGAAUAAUCUAAAAGAUAAAUGGAAAAAGUUUGACUUAAGACAAAUGUCACCAUCAGAUUUUAUUUUUGACUUGGUAAYGUAGCAAGGAUAAGGCUAUUAUGUUGUAUUUGUACAUUAAAAGUUCUCAUCAGUCUCAUAWAAUGCUAUUAAUGAUCUGAAUGAUAAAUUACCUUAGUCAUUGCACCACCUUGUUGCACAGUUUAAAGAGAAAUAAAACAUAAUUAGUAAAAACAUUUCAGAAUCACAAUGUUGACUCUUCAUUUGAAAAAAUGUAACAAUUAGCUUGGUUUACAUUUUCAGAGACAAAUGGUUUGGAGGCUACAGACAUGUAAUAUUCAAACUAAAAAAAAAAAGCUUAUUCAUAGAGGUAUAACUACUCACGAUUUCAUUGUGGUUCUAAACUAUCGGAAUAAACUUAAUGAUUUCAGGACCGUUUCGGGUCAGAACACAAAGUUUGGAUGAUUUGAAGAUCUCAAAAAGUUUCAGCUCAGUCUUCUGUCAAGAUGGAGACCUCCUGCAGAAGUCAUAGUCAGCCAGURAUGCUAAAAUACCARAGAAAUAUCAUCACACUACAAUUUGAAAAACCAAUUCCAUAUCUCUCCAACAUAAUAAUGCAUCUAUUUGUGUCCAUUGUGAAGUUCCUUACCUCAGUCGAAGCUCUACAGUAACACCUUGCAUUAGAUUUCUCAUUUGCCAACCUUACAUCAGUUGUUUACGGUUUCAGGUUGCAUCAGUGAGAUGAAGCUUCUGUACGGCUACUGUAGAUAAAAUACUCAUGGGAGAAUCAUCAUGCUGCCAAGAAACAUAAAACUUACCAUCCAGUUGGUGGCUUAUGUUUUAUGUGUCCUACUAAAGAGUCUGUAACCUAAAAUAUAAUUUUCUAAACUCCAAAAAAGGAGAAAUGUUGGGUAACAGGAAAGCUUUUACAACGUUGUAUAGAAAAGUUGCUCCACCUCAACCUAAACACGCCUUUCAUCCAUCUCCACACCAUCCAAUCACUGAAGACAGUGACUCAAGUUCAUGUAGCUAACCAAUUACAACUUAGCUCAAUGUUAUGAACGUGAAUCACAUGAUCUAAAUUCUGUCCCUUUCUUGAAACUGUACACUUGGUCCUUGUAGAGUGAGUUAUUUGUCCCAGUGAUCAUCAGUGCCAUCAGGAUCAGAGGGUCAGUGCCGUGUUGAGCAUUUCCUUCCAGAUUUCAAACAUGUUGAACACCAGCCUUUAUGACAACUCGACCAGCACCGGGGGUCGUGUUCGCCCGCUCUGGUACAAUUACCCAGAAUGCGUUGUGUCCCCUCAGCCCUUUGCCUUCUACUUUGCGUGCAAGUUGAUCAACCUCGUCGUUGGCACUCCAGGCAACAUCUACGUCAUCUGGCAAAUCGCUUCAAAAAAGAAGAACACCUCAACGUCAGACAUCUUCUUCUUCAACCUGGCCGUGCUGGACGCCUACUUCUGCUUGAUGACCCCUAUAGAGUUGGCCAACCGUCUGGAUCUGGACAACAAAAAGAUCUGGAUCUUCCAGAGGUUUGCGUAUGGGGUGAAGGACCUAGCACCACUCUUUCUUGUGUGUAUCUGUGUGGACCGCUACAUGGCUGUCGUACACCCAGUGUUUUUCUCAAGGUACCAAGAGACCAUCACCCGCAUCUGCGUUUGUAUCAUAAUCUGGAGUUUGAUAAUGCCCUACAGCAUCUACAAGGGGAUCAACGGCAUUAUGAGCGUGACCGGCAUCUUCGGCGGGGUCAUCCUCUUUGCAUUCGCCGUCAUGGUCUUCUGCAACAUCUCCGUCAUCUGGGUCCUCCGGCACUCGGUGGCGGGGAAGGAAAAGAUGCACCCGGUGAAGAAGAGAGCCUUCAAGAUGGUGCUGAAGAACCUGGGCAUCAUCGUCUUCAACUACCUGCCCCCUGUGGCCUUCAUGCCCUUUGUGUCUUACUACACGUUAUUCGUGUACCGCUGUCUGAUCAGCAUCAGCGUGUUCGCCAUCAUGGACCUGAGCUGCAGCAUCGAGCCCCUGCUCUACAUCUCAAAGUCAGAGGGACUGAACAGUAUCUGCUGCAAGAAGGCCUCGGAAACCCCGGCCGACGUCAAGGUUUGACCCGGCCGUGUGUAAAGUCACUGCCCGUCCAUCGACACACCUACGGUUACAGAUGCACACAAGAGUCUUAAAAUAAAUAGUUACCAUGGAAACUUGGUAAAACCCAAGAAAACGUUUUUCUCCCGUUAUCCUCAAUCACUUUUUUUUUUUACCAACUGAUGAAGAUAUUCACAUUAAUCUUGUGCUGAAAAAAGAGAAUUGUUGAUCCCACUUAAAUAAAUUGCUUCAAUUAGUAACAAGGAAUUGAAUCAUGUUCAUCCAUGUUAAUAAUUAUGCUGUUAAGUUAAAUAAAGACAAUAAGUUAACUUGUUUCCCAUCACCAGUCAUACCUGAGGGAAACAUGUUGGCUACUGAUUAAACAUUCUUUGAGUAUUUGGUUAACUCAAAAAGUAAAGUAUAACUUAACAAAAUCAUAUUUGAACAGAAUAAUUUAAAAUGAAUUUUUUUAGUUUGUUUUUUUUCCCAUUGAAAAGACUGCACUCAAUAAUUGCUAAAUGGCUCAUUUUCAGAUUAUGAAUCAGCAAAAAAAAAAAAACAGUUGUACAUCAAAUAAAAUAUAUUUUAAAAUUGUUUUAAAAGAAAUCAUAUCUUGCCGCUCGUUUAAAUAUACCUCUCUCUCGCAGGGGUUUAAAUUUAUCAGUAAUCUUUGCAGCUGAAUUACGUUUCACUGCUGGUUGCUACGGAAACUCUUAAGCUUUUUAUUUUUAAUGAAACUCUAAAGCUGUGUGGGAUUUAUAAAACUCUUAAUGGGCACUUAGGAUCUAAUUAAUUUAGCUCCAUAGCAAGAAAUGCCCAGUGGAACCAAUUAGGAGUGAUGUAAUGAGGAGUUAUGUAGUUUAUGCAAGAUGAUUAACUAAAUACGUCAGGAAGUAAAUAUUCCAGGAAAUAUGUGGCACUGAAAGCAAUUAUCCUUCUGGUUUACUCACUUUAAUAACGUGUGAAUUUCUCUAUAAUAACUGUUUUUUUUUUUUUGUUUGUUUCAUUUAUUGGUGGGGGGACAUUGUGUUUGUAACUUUUGUGUUGAAUAUAUGAUAAAGUUAGAGUUUAUAUUAAGAAGUUAUUUAAAAUGCCUACACAUGGAGUCUCAUUUGUAAAGAUCACAACUUUGAAAUUUACUGGAAUGUUAGUAUUCACAUUGUUUUAAUCAGAUCUCUGAAUAAAAAGUCAAUGUUUUUGAUGGAAAGACAAAAUACUUGCUUGAUGAUUUAUAUUAUUUACAUGCUUGCCUGAAGGAAAACAAGCACAGUUUUGUGAUUAGUCAA